AUGACAGGACACAUCCCGCAACACUACGAGCACGACAGUGCGCUUCAGAUCGGCUUUGAUGAUCUCCAGGGAUUCUCUCCCGUUACACAAAGCUUCAACAUCAACGCUUAUCGCACGCCAUACCCAGACAGCAUCGCAACAUCUACAUCAUCCGCCACUUCACCCGAACGCACCAAUGCAAGUCUCCUCACCGACCCGGUUGUUGUUGAAGCAGAAGAGGACAAGCGAAAGCGCAAUCAAGCAGCUUCCGCACGCUUCCGGCAGAAGAAGAAGCAGCGCGAGCAGCAGCUCAUGGAGACGAGUCAAAAGAUGCAAGACCGGACUAAGAAGCUCGAAGCCGAAAACGAUGGGCUGAAGAAGGAGAACAUGUUUUUGAAGAAGUUGCUUGUCGAGAAGGUGGAUCACAUGAGCGACGAAGAUCGGGAGCUGCUGAAGAAAGCCGCCGAAGGCGCGCUAGCUGGAGUAAUUGGAAAGAAGUCUUGA